AUUCUGCUGUUGUGCAGCAUGGUAUAUGUCUUGCGUGGUCAGUCCAAACUUGUUCGAGUUGGCAAGGAUAGUCCGGACGACAUUGCGAGCUUUUGGAGUGGAGAAAGUAACCCAAGACUUGAGCACAGUGGCCAUUUGUGUGAUACAGUCCUUGAAAUAUGUGCGUGAGUGGAAAGUGCGUAAGUAAUAAGUUUUGUGUUCUCGAGGAGAGGAUGAAAGAGUUGCAGUCUGUUGCACAUGUCCCUUAGUCUAUGACCGUCACGUCCUCCAUAUACCUAGAACAAGGAAUAUUCCAACACUCUUUUGAGCUUUCUUUUGUCCGCUGGCUAACUUGAAUUCGUGAAGGUCAUCAUGGACAGGUUUUCUACUGAAUUAUUGGUAGAGGUCUUUCUGCACCUUCAUGUCAGAGAGCUUAUCCUUUGUCGAUGUGUGAGCAGGAGGUGGAACGUAAUUUUGACUGAGACACCCAGUCUACAGCUGUUGCUUGCAUGUCAACUCUCUGGCUACAAGACGGUCAGAGCAGUGACUUAUAUGCCCAAAAAAUUCCUACAGCUACUGCAGAAAAUUCAAGAUACAUGGAGGAGCCCUGUGCUGGAACCUCCACAUCUCAUCCUUCCUAUCCCUCCGCAUGCACUGCAGCCUAGGCAGUUCAACGACAUCAUUGUCUCAUCUCUACGGCCGGACUCUGGGCCUGCUGGCACGAUGUACGAGGGAAUAGAGGUCAUUCGGCUCAGAGAUGGCGUCGAUCCAGAUCUUCUAAUCCUCUGUUACAACAAAAUGGGAACAGAAAACCAAACUAGAUUCAAGUUUUAUCAUUUUUUGUGUCUGUCGACUGGCUUGGUGCACCCUCGACUGCAAACUCAGUUUCCUACAAGUUCUGCUCACACAUCGGUACCUAUUAAAUUUGGAUAUCAACCUUCAAGUCGUGUGUCCGGCGACAUUAUUGUAAUAGCUGAUCGUGAUAAAAUCGUUCUCCUGCACUGGCCCUCAUGCACAUUCCCGAUCACCUGGCAGCCCUCCGAUGAAGUAGCCUACCUUGCUGCACUGCCAGUGCGAGAUCAAUAUGUCCUUUUGGUUCGCUUGCAAAAGCGGCCAAGUAGAAGGCUAUUUAUAGAUGUCUAUCUCCUCGUGCAAUUGGACAACCCUGUAUAUGCGGAUGUUUAUCGGGUUGCAAUUUUUGAAUUCCCGACAUUGAACCAAUCCCGACUAGGCUAUAUGCAGGCGCACUUCAGUCCACAUAAAGAUCAUUCAUCCCAAGCUCCCAGUUCUCAGAGCGAGAUAUACUCUGUCCCUUCACUUGUCUGUCUGUUUCUCGAAUCUAGUCAAGGGCGGUACUCAUUCAUUACCCCCCUGGCGACUUUCCUCCCCGGAGAGUUCUUCCCUGAGCCUCGAGGUCACGCUACAGAACGCGCGGAAGCUCCAAUUCCGUGGCAAGUCUGGGGCCCUUAUUCCAGCUACUUAUUCCAAAGUACCUUUUCCCAUCAAGACUUCAACCCGUUCAGGCUGAGGAUGCCUACGCACCUUGUCCUCCAAGGUGGUGUGCAGGAGAUCCCUGGAACUCUCAGGACUUAUUCCGAUGGUUUGUUCACGGGCACAGUUAGAACGUACUUACCCUACUGGAGAGUCCUCUUUGAUCUGGGCCGCAUGAGUGUGUUCGAAGACGAAGAUGGUGUAAAGGUUUCGAUGGUGAAAUGGGAUCUGGGGGGUACGCCCGAACAUGUAGAGGUCAGAUCGUUAGGGAUGCUUCGGAAGGAAUGGUGUGAAGUCAACAACGAGAAACACCCUUCAUCGUGAUUUAUUCAUGUCAAAAAUAUACCGAUGACACGCAGCUUUAGUCGUUACCAUGAGCUUUCAGUAUAGCAGAUUUCGCUUCUCGCGAAAAUAUGUAUCGUUCAGGCGGGAUCUUUCCACAAAUAACACCCUCCAUCGCGAACCUAACGACCAACCUUCACAGCCAUCCCAUUGCGGCCAACCACACCUUACUUCUCACACAAUGACAGAGCACACACACAGAUCGUAAUCCAGAUCUAGCUUACAUAUACAAUACAUUUCCAGAAAGAUCCACAAGCAAAUAACUCGAUG